AGAAAUUUGACCAAACAGUGCAGCCGUGCACUAAAUUGUUCAACUGGGGGUUACAUAUCUGGUUUGCCUUCAAUUCCUUGUGAAACCCAUGGUAGGGUCAUCGCGCGGCCUUAACGAUAAACUGAAGCACCACCAGAAGAACAACAAUGGCGGCGGCCUGUAAAUCACUCCAAUUCUCCCACUUCUCUCUCCUCCUCCAUUCCUCAAAACGCCUGCAAUUCCAGUCUCUCCGACCUACAAAAUGCUUCUUUCCUCUGUUCCCUCAAAUUCGACCCUUCUCUUCACCUCCAACGCCUUAUCCUCUUCAAUACGACAUGAUUAUCUCCCACCCUUCUCCCCGAGGUUCCCCGACCAAGCUCUCUCCUCCCCCUCGUUCAAAACCCAACGAGUCUUCCGAUUCCGACUCGCCCGAGCCAGACCCAUUCUCCCCUGAACUCAGUUUUGAGGACUGGGUUGACAGGAAGCUAACGCAGAAUGAAAACGACAGGUUCAAUAAGGUGAAUAGUGCCACUAGUUUUGAGGGGAUGGACAAAAGUAAAAGGAAGUUUUACAAGAAGAGGGAGAAGAGGAUGUAUGGUGAUGAUUCUGAUGAUGAGAGAAAGAAGAUGAGGGAGAAAGCAGAAUUUGUCGAAUUGAGGCCUGAAGUUGUUGAGCCUAGAACAUUGCAUAAGAGAGAAGAAGAGUUGUAUUUCUAUGAUGCUUUGGCUUUUCCUUGGGAGAAGGAUAAGCAUUAUAAGAUGGUGUAUCAAUUGGAGAAGAAGUAUUUUCCUGAUCAGUGUUUAGAUAAGGCCUUUUUAGAACCUGGGCAAUCGAAUUUAAGCGAUUUUAAGGGGAAGCUGAAGAAUAAGAAGGCGGAUAAUUUGGGGAAUGGAGAGGAAGAUAAAGGGUUGAUGUUUUUUGAGGAAGGAAGUGAUGGGAAGAGUAAUGAGGGUGGGAUUAAGGAUGUAUCUGACAAGAAGGUGGAGGAGUUUUUUAAGUGUUUGAAGAAAGUUCCUACUAAGAAUGCUCAAGUUUCUGGUGUUGAUCAACCUUUUUUGGCAUCUAGGACUUCUGGACUACCUCCUAAAUGGGAUAGUCUUGCUGGAACUGUUGUUUUGGUGAACAAGCCUAAAGGUUGGACUUCAUUCACAGUCUGUGGCAAGCUGCGUCGUUUGACUAAAGUAAAAAAGGUAGGACAUGCUGGUACUCUAGAUCCUAUGGCUACCGGAUUGUUGAUUGUUUGUAUUGGGAAAGCUACUAAAUUGGCAGACAAAUAUCAGGGUAUGAUUAAGGGUUACAGUGGAAUUUUCCGUCUGGGGGAGGCAACUUCCACUUGGGAUGCAGAUUCACCGGUAAUCCAACGUGAACCAUGGGAACAUAUCAAGGAUGAGGAUGUAAGAAAGGCUGCUGCAUCCUUUACUGGGGAAAUUUGGCAAGUUCCUCCUAUGUUUUCUGCAAUCAAAGUUGGGGGUGAAAAAAUGUAUGAGAAAGCUAGGAGAGGAGAAAGUAUUGAACUUUCACCUCGACGAAUUUCAAUAUUUCAGUUUGAUAUUGAACGCAGCCUACAAGACAGGCAAAAUUUAAUAUUUCGAGUUACCUGUUCGAAAGGUACUUACAUUCGGUCCCUCUGCGCAGACAUGGGGAAGGCUCUUGGAAGCUGUGCUCAUUUAACUGCCCUGCGGAGAGACUCAAUUGGUGAAUACACUGCUGAUGAUGCCUAUGAAUUCCAAGAAUUAGAGGAGCAAAUUACAAAACGAUACCUAUAGCAGUAUAGCUGCCCAUAAUUCCAUGUUGCAAAUGCUUAUAUUUUAGAUCUGCAUUUGGGUGGGAUAGCGAGCUGUGUUAUUGACAGUAAAUCCCAUUGAUACUACUUUGGUUUGCUACUUAGAUCAUAGCCUACUGUAAAGGCUACAAGCUACUUUGGUUUGCUACUCAAGUCCUGCAAAAAUUAAUUGGAAACAAACAUCUUAUGUCUAGUUAUGCUAGUCUAGAUGGUAUAUCAAGUCUAUGAGAGUAUAUCAGUAUAUUGUAUAUAUAACAUACUCCGUAUCAUAUGCUCCCUUUAUCCAGAUUUCAUAGUCAUGUA